AUGGGCGGGCAACUCUCCAAGCUGCUGGCCAAGGUGUUUGGGUCCAAGGAGAUGCGGCUUCUGAUGCUGGGCCUCGACGCCGCCGGCAAGACGACCAUCCUGUACAAGCUCAAGCUGGGGCAGGACGUGACCACCAUCCCCACGGUCGGCUUCAACGUCGAGACGGUCACGUACAAGAACGUCAAGUUCAACGUGUGGGACGUGGGCGGCCAGGACAAGAUCCGUCCUCUGUGGAGGCACUACUACGGCGGCACCCAAGCAUUAAUCUUUGUCAUUGACUCGUCGGACCGCGCUCGCAUCGACGAGGCCAGGCAGGAGCUGCACCGCAUCAUCAACGACCGCGAGAUGAAGGACAGCUUGUUGCUGGUUUUUGCAAACAAGCAGGAUCUUAGAGAGGCCAUGAAGCCCCAAGAAGUCACCGAGGCGCUGCAGCUCGCCAAGCUGCAAGACAAGGUGUGGUACGUGGUGCCCAGCUGCGCCACCACCGGCGAGGGCCUCCUCGAGGGACUGGCCUGGCUGUCCAACAACGUCAAGGCUCCUCCUGCGCCGGUCAAGAAGUGA